AUGGCCCGGUCCAGCAUCUCCUUCAUUUUCUUCUUGUCGUCGGACACCACGUCGUCAUUGUUGGUUGUCCGGAUUUUCUGCACUCGAAUGUCCACGGUCGACUGCGCCUCCGCGGCUUCGGCCUCCGACAGAUCUGGCGACUGGUUUAUCCGUGGAGUGGGUGUGCUGCGCGGAGUCGAGAAUGCGCCUGUCGAUGCGCGCUGGAGCGAUUCGAAGAUCUUUUGUUCUUCUUCCGGUAGACGUGGUGGCGCGGGUCCGCCGAAGCUGCUGAAUGGCGAAGAGGAGGAGUUGUCUGAGCGGAAGCAGGACGUGCUGCUGAUGAAGCGAGAGCCGCGAGAAGUUGAACUGAAUAAAUGUGCUCGUGGCGCGGAGCUGAGAUGGCGAAAGCAUUGGAGGGAAGAUGUGGCGGGCUUCAUGGCGGCAAUGACCCACGAAGAAAGGUUGACUGGGGGAGAGAUAGGAUAG